AUUCCUCCUAUCGAGAUAAAGGGAAAUAAAUUUUUUUAUUCUAAUAAUGGCUCUCAGUUUUUUAUAAAAGGUAUAGCCUAUCAACAAAGUAGUGCAAGUCAAGUUCUUGAUUCGACAAAAUAUUUAGAUCCUCUAUCAGAUGAGAAAAAAUGCUUUAGAGAUAUAAAAUAUUUAAAAGAAUUAAGCAUGAAUUUAAUAAGAGUUUAUAGCAUUAACCCCAAAUUGAAUCAUGAUGUUUGUAUGAAUGCUCUAGCUGAUGCCGGUAUUUAUGUUCUUGUUGAUCUUUCAGAACCUGAUGUAUCAAUUAAUCGAAAAGCACCUUCAUGGGAUGUCCAAUUAUACGAUAGAUAUAAAUCGGUUAUCGAUGCUUUAGCAAAAUAUAACAAUGUAUUUGGUUUCUUUGCCGGAAAUGAAGUUACAAGUGACCCUAACAAUGCACACGCUUCACCUUUCGUUAAAGCUGCAAUUAGAGAUGCUAAAUCAUACAUUUCCUCAAAAAAUUAUAGAAAGAUACCAGUUGGUUAUUCCUCAAAUGAUGAUUCUGAAACAAGAGAUAAUUUAGCAAACUAUUUCAUUUGUGGAAACAAAAAACAUGCUGCUGAUUUUUAUGGUAUUAAUAUGUAUGAGUGGUGUGGCUAUUCAUCUUUUUUCUCUUCUGGGUAUAGUGAAAGAACAGUUGAAUUUCAAGAUUAUCCUGUCCCUAUUUUUUUCUCUGAAUAUGGCUGUAAUGUUGAAAGACCAAGACCUUUUACUGAAGUUGAAGCCAUUUAUAGUCCUUUGAUGUCAAAUGUUUGGUCUGGUGGAAUCGUUUACAUGUAUUUUGAAGAAGAAAAUAAAUAUGGAGUUGUAAAAGUUGAUGAAUCUGAAAAUGUUAAAAAAUUAGAUGAUUUCAGAUACUUGAGAGAUCAAAUGAGUAAGAUAAAUCCCAAGGGAACCAAUGUUAAAGAUUAUGUGAUUCAAGAAACAAGAGAAAGAACUUGCCCAGUUAAAACUGCCAAUUGGGAGGCUGAUGGAAAACUUCCACCGACACCAGACUCCUUUAUGUGCGAAUGCUUAGAAUCUUCUUUAUCAUGUAUUGUGACUUCAAAUUCAAACCUCCAAUAUAAAAAGUUAUAUGAAUUUUUAUGUGGUGAAGUUGAUUGUUCUUCAAUAACAGCCGAUGGUAAAACAGGAGAAUAUGGUUAUUAUUCUUCGUGUAAUAAUAAGCAAAAACUAUCAUUGAUGUUUGAUGAAUAUUAUACGAAAGAAUCCGAAAACCCAAAGGCCUGU